GCCAACGACCCCGGCAUCUUGAUCAACAUCUACGGCCUGAAGGGUGUCCCCGAUAUGGACGGCAAGCCGUACACCGCUCCGGGCCCGGCACCCAUUUCGUGCUGAGCUGGGCUGGGUUGAGUUGGACCGAAACAUGACGAGUCUCCUUUUCAGGUUGUUUCAAAGUAUGUCGCUGUUGCCAGGGAAACUCGCUGCUGCGAGGAUACCGCUGGUGCCGGACGAGGAAACUUCGGGGUUCAUAGAUCAUCGAUCAUGGUUGAUUCACACACGCCGUAUACACAGCGAGUAUAUGAGUGUAGGGCAUGUGGGGCAUGCGCUGGUAAGGAAUUUUUGGGAUUUAAGCACGGCUUUGCUAGGGGCAGCCCAGGCGGGCCAGCUCACAGCGGCAGAGACCAGGGAUAGGCAUUCUUCACCGUCUCUGCAGCCGGAACCCUUUCUUGUAUGUAAAUACACUACGUUAGCAUGCCCUGUCAACAUCUCCAAAAACACUCUCUUGACUCUCUUGUUCAAGAAAGGCGUCGCGCUCGCUGUACACUCUAAUCCCUGAAUGUAUGUUGGCCUGGUAUUGGGGAACAAGGAGAAGGUUAUCGCAAAUACGGAAUAAAUCGGCAGAAAUGGCCUAUAAUAGGUACUUUUAGAGAAGAGAUAGGCCUCUGGGAUUCUAGAAUAGGGGUUCUAAUAGUUAUUACCUCCCCUGGUAAAAAAAAACUUGUAGGGCGAAUAGUAAGGAACUGAGGCACUUCAAAUCUUGGAAAGUCCCCC